AAACCGGUUGCGUCCGGCCAGUGUUCGGCACCGGCUGUAAAAAUAACAAUCAUGGUGUGUCUGGUGCUGGUGGUCGGAACGGUGCCCAUCUGAAGAAGGAGAGGCUCUCGAGAAUGGCGUCCCGCGGAGGCCCUAUGGUGGCCGGCACUGACGGCUCCGACUUUGCGCACAGACAACGCGUCGCCGCGCACUACCAGAUCAGCUCAGUCAACAAAAACAGGCUCAAAUACUGCAUCUUUUUCCACUAUGUGCUCUUCUUUGUGAUGCUGGCUAAGCUGUCGGCCGACAUUCUCGACCGCCUGGACAUCUUCAUCCUCGAGAUCGAGGAGCUGCACGUGCCCAAGCCGCUCUGGUGGGAGUACAUAUGGUGCGUGUCGUUGGCACUGUCCUUCUGGGGGCUGGCCGCCUCCCGCCGCAACCAGGUGGCCACCAUGCAGCGCUACAUGAUCGGCAUCGGCCUAUUCGGGAUUCUGCCUGUGUUGUACGCGGCCGCCUACUACUUUUCCGAGGCCUGGACCUACAUAACCACGGGAGACAAAGACAAACUAUUUGUGUGGCAGGAUUACCCGUACGCGAUCCUGUGGUACGCCUUUCUCUUGCCUGCCUUCCAGGUGCACCUGUUCUCUCUAUUGUUUGCCUACAAGCUGAUAUCGGCCUGGAAGCCUCGAGGAUCGAAAAAAGAGCAGUGAAGCGACGGCCGCCCUGUGACUGUUUUCCUUGCAACCGGUUGUCCCACCUGAAGUCAACCACCCACUAUCACAACACACCAGUGUCGGGUCAGGUCGCUGGCCCGCGGCCCCCGUGUAAUUUCGACUCAAAUUAAAAAUACAACAUGCAUGUGUUCAGUUUGCAUCCUAGGGGGGUUAAGCACAAUUUUUGACUACUAAAGAGCUCCCACAAUCAGGGUUACUGCAUAAGUGAGAUUGGCUGACCAUUUUUGCAACACACCAAAUGUUCUAUCUAUAUGUACUUAAAAAAGUUGUUCAAUUAAAAUUUUAUUCAUGAUCACAA